UGUCCCGCUUCUGCUCCUGGAGCUUGCUCUGCUCCUCCGGGAGGAUCUCUGGCUCCGGCUACCUGGGCACGUUAUUCUCGCCUCGGGUGAUUAAACCGGGACUCGAUGUGACAGAAUUUACGCGUCCCGGAUCGUCGAAGUGGAUCAGAGCACCAGUAGUUUUCGGGGACUUUCCCGGAGAAAAUUUAAAAUGUGAAGAGCUGAAUGUUUUUUCUCUUUUCAGCUGAUCCCCGGCUGCUCUCUCCCGCACAGGAUCGAGACUGGAUGGACCGAUGCGCGCCCUCGAACCUCGCGGACGUUUAACGGAUCGUUUCUCACAGCUGGAUCAUACUCUCGUGUCUGAAACAUUUGGUGGUUGGUGUACAGCAGAGCGGCGGUGUGUGGAGGAUGUGGCUUGCGCAAAUCGAGCGUUGGUCUGAACCCACUGUUUUACCUGGACGCUUGCGGAUGAUUUUGCGCCUCUGAGAUCUCCCUGCGCGCACAAAGCACGACUCCAAAAAGGCUGAACACUGAAUCCUUUACUCAAGACGGCCAGUGAAGAUGGCUCCUACGUGUUUAACGUGUAUUUUGUCAGAUUGGCGUCCAGUCUGAUCAACAUCAUCAGCGAUGUAGUCAGCCUGUUCAUCUGCGUGCUCAUCAUCUGCAGCAAAUACUCACAUCUGCUCAAACGGGAGACCAUGAAGAUGAUCCUCCUGCGCAAAUUCCGCGUCCUGAUCCUUAUGGUAUUCCUGAUCGCGUGCUCCAUGCACAUCAUGAUAGACUUGUUACCGAAGCUGGAGAGGCAAGGCGGCAGCGGCUGCUCGUGCUCGCACACGCCGAGCGAGGAGCCUCAGAGCUGGGGGAAGCAGGGCUGGCCUAACAAGCACACGCUGCGGAUCCUCCAGGACUUCAGCAACGAGCCCAGCUCCAACAUCUCCUCCCACUCCCUGGAGAGGAGUCCGGUCACUGGCGACAAGACGCACGCGCCCAGGAAGCUCGAGCAUCUCGGGCAGCGCGGGGACAGAAAGAGACAGUUCAUCCAGGACGCCGCGGUGACCAAAAACCUGCCUGCGAAGGGGUCAAGGUUGUCAGCGCUUUACGAGCAUCCGUUAUAUAAAAGAUCUCCGCCGCCUCUGACCGACGAGGACACGCUGUUCAACGUCAACACCGACAUCAGAUUUGACCCCAAAGCUGCGGAGGAUCAGUCAUGGAACACUGAAAGCAACAUGGAUGAGUUCAGCCCCACAGGUGAGCUGACGUCCGACUCCUACCCCAACUGGCUUCGCUUCCACGUCGGGAUUAAUCGAUACGAGCUGUACUCCAGACACAACCCGGUCAUCGAUGCUCUGCUGAAGGACCUGGUCACUCAGAGGAUCACCAGCGUCGCGAUGAAGUCUGGCGGCACUCAGCUGAAGCUCAUCAUGACCUUCCAGAACUACGGCCAGGCACUGUUUAAACCCAUGAAGCAGACCCGGGAGCAGGAGACCCCACCAGACUUCUUCUAUUUCUCCGACUUUGAAAGACACAAUGCCGAGAUCGCUGCCUUUCAUCUGGACAAGAUCCUGGACUUCCGUCGUGUCCCUCCUGUGGCCGGCAGACUCGUCAACAUGACAAAGGAGAUCCGAGAUGUCACACGAGACAAAAAGCUCUGGAGGACCUUCUUCAUUUCACCAGCCAACAACGUGUGUUUCUAUGGAGAGUGUUCGUACUACUGCUCCACUGAGCACGCCCUGUGCGGUAAACCGGACCAGAUUGAAGGAUCCCUGGCUGCCUUCCUCCCAGACCUGGCGCUCGCCAAACGCAAGACGUGGAGGAACCCUUGGAGACGCUCCUAUCACAAACGCAAGAAGGCAGAAUGGGAGGUGGACCCUGACUACUGCGAGGAGGUCAAACAGACACCACCGUACGACAGCGGAACACGACUGCUGGACAUCAUGGACAUGACCAUCUUUGACUUCCUCAUGGGAAACAUGGAUCGCCACCAUUAUGAGACAUUUGAAAAGUUUGGAAAUGAGACGUUUAUCAUCCAUCUGGACAACGGCAGAGGCUUUGGAAAACACUCCCACGAUGAGAUCUCCAUCCUGGUGCCGUUGACUCAGUGCUGCAGGGUGAGGAAGUCAACCCACCUGCGUCUGCAGCUGCUGGCAAAGGAAGAAUACAAACUGUCCACGCUGAUGGCAGAGUCCCUGGUGAGGGACCGCCUCAGUCCCAUCCUCAUCCAGCCACACCUGGACGCCAUGGACCGACGGCUACGCCAGGUGCUGAAUGUGCUGUCAGAGUGCGUUGAGAAGGAGGGCUACAGUAACGUCGUGGAGGACGACCUGCAGGGACACCUGCAGGGACACCAAGGGACAGACCACGCCCACACCGCCCCGCGACGAAGGUAGCUGUCCGGGGGCGCCAGUGGCUAGGUAGGACAGCCUCCCUGGAGUUAGGGGCUUCAGUCUUUCCCUUCAAACUAAACGAGCUCCAUCUGAACUGAACUCCUCAGAGGGCUCGAUUUGUUUCUGUGCUGAACUUCCAGCCGGCUGUCGGUGCCGCACAUCGGCCGUCUUGAGGCCUGCCGGAUCGGACUGGACUUCAGAUGUUUGCAGGUGAUGUUCAAGACUUUUUUGGUGGAUCAGGUGUCACAAACUAAACUGAACCCACCAACCCCCACCCCUACAUCACCUAGACUCCUUAAAACAUCCAGCUCUGACUGUAGUGUAGGAUAGUUUCACCGCAGCACGACCAAACCAUCAAAGUCUUGCAAGAGACGCCUUCUCUCUGUCUCGUUCAGGACCCUUUUUUUGAAUUCAGUGAAUUCUGAGGGACUUGUAAAGACCCCCCACCCCCAAAUUAACAAGCUGAAUUGUGUGUUUUUACGUAUUGUUGGUAUUGCAAGUGUUCACGGCGACGGCAAAGAAGGCGGCGGAGGUUGACGUCCUGUUUUAUUGAUUUGCCGAAAAAUGUUUUAUCGUCUUAUUUUAAUUUGAGUUGAUUCAGCUUCUGUUAUUUGGUAUUAAGAUGGAAGUAUUAGAUUGGAGUGCAGGUUUACUCCGGGAGUUAAUUUUCGCCCGUGCUUGAGAGAGUAUUUAUUAAAAUCCAUAUUUAUUAUUUAAAGGGAAAACUGAAGAUGAACUGUUGGAUUGACAUCACAGUGGUGCACUUCCUCGAUUGUCCAAAAGAUGGCAAACUGAGCAUGUGCAAAAGCAGCUGCCAGGUCCAUGCCUCUCAGUAGAGUGAACCCUUUCCAUGUUUCAGCCCAAUCCAAACAUCCAGCUCGAGCUUCGAUAUAUGCCACCAUCGGUUAUAAAUUCUGUUCCCGUUUGAUCAGACGUGAGGUUGGAGUUACCAAAUGCCAAAUGUGACACUGAUAGUUUUCUAUUCUUAUUUCUUUGUAAUAUAUUUGAUGUGCAGAUGUUGCUGUUGGUGAGAGAUUAUUUUUCAGGAUGUAUAUUUCAUUCAUAUUUCCAGCAGCGUUGAAACUGUUGGGGAUUCAGUCGCCGGCUGAAAGUUAAUAUAUUCAGUAGGAAACUCUAGUGCCUGUGCAAUGAUAGAAAUACUUGAAUGUCUGAAGGUACGAGCUCUAGAUCAGAGACCGAGGUCGACAAAUUUGUGUGUGCGUGUGUAUGUGUGAGCGUGUGUGUGCUGACUCCAUCUGUCCCAUCAGAGUUUUGUUAGUUUCCACAGUCCCGUGUCGGGUCAGUAAAGAGAUAAGGGACAUGUGGGAGGAUCCACAGAGAACUUCAAGGUGACGUAAAGUAAAAAAAGCUUCUUUUUUUUCUUUUUUUUUAUUCGACUCAUUGUUUCUGUGGAUUUUUUCUUUCAUUUCUUUGCAUCAUGGUAAAAGUGCAAUAAAACAAAAUGAGCAGAAUAUUGUAAUGUCAGUUUCAAUUUGUUAAAAAAAAUAUUUAAUAUUGUUUAACCAUUUAAAAUAAAGCCCACUGUAACAUUCAUGAUUAGUGUUUACGGGGAAUAUGGAGAGGAUGCUGCUUAAAGGGGAACACCACCUAAGUUUAGCCAAGUUCAAACCAAAGAUCUGCAAUGAGACCAGUUGAAACAUUGCAAAUUCUGCAAGGUUGUAAAAACCUGCCAGUUUUCUCUAAUGAAACUUGGUGAGAUUUUUUAGUUUACAACUCUCUCUACUUCCAUUCUGAUCUCCAGCUUGUCAGGAUGAUUUUGUACCUGAAUAUAAAAAUGAAAAAUGUCAAUUUUCUGCAAAUGUAAAGAAUUCCACCCUUUAAGGGACCGCAACAGGAAUUAGCCUACUUUGACCUUUGACCUUGAUUUUGAAAGAAUUACAGCAGCUCCUUCAUUCAGCACUCAAGUCUGAUGGUAUUAAAGCUUCCAGUGAUCACAAUUCUUUGCAGGACAUAAAUAUACUUGUAGAAAAUGGUCAAAAAAAUAUUGCAACAAUACAUUUUUUCUGACUCUAAAGUGAUCAUAGGUGAGAAUGUGAGUGUGAAUGGUUGCCCAGUGUCAUCAGUCUUCUUAUCCCAUUCUUAGAAAAGAAACUGAAUAUUAAUGACGGGCAAAAAUGAAUAAACAAAUGUUUCUGAAUGACUCUUUUUAGUGUCCCGUAUGUACCUAGACAGCCUGUCAGGGCGCUAAUUCAUUUCAGUUUCACGUAUCCAAAUCUGCUCUGCCUAACCAGCAAAUUAUGGGUUAAUCCACCACAGGUGUCAUGAUUAAGGACAGAGACACAGACAGAGCAACAGCCAUUUGAUGAAAUCCAUGAAUAAAA